AAAACCAAUUAACACGUUUUAUGUAUAAAAUAUGUGUUAUCACCGCAAUCAAAAGUUAUAAAUAAUAGAGCAUUAUAAUGUUCACCGUUAAUUCGCGAAGUAGGUACAGGAUGUUUCGUGAAAGUAUUUUUUUAACGCUAGGCGUUUUACUUGCCGGAGUCGUGUUCUCGUCCAGUGAUACCGUCAAAUCACAAAACCCAGAAGAAUGUCUUGCCAGAGACUAUGGCAAGGGAAGUGUCGUCUGCGUUUGUAACGACCAGCAUUGCGACUAUUCCCCACCAGUUGAACCCGUGCCUAAAAAUAAAUAUAUUGUAUACACCUCCAACCAAGCUGGCUUAAGAUUCAAGAAAGAGGUUAAAACCUACACGAACGCUAAAUCGGGAAAACACUGUUUCGUACCUCCAAACGAUGAUAUCUGCGAACACGACUGGGAUACCAGCUACAGAGUGUGUGGAGUCCUGGUGCCAUCGCAUCUUAUACCUAGCGCAAACAUCUUUGUCGAACCCUCUAUCCUUUAUCAAGAAGUAAUGGGUUGGGGUGGCGCUGUUACUGAUUCCACUGUUAUCAAUGUAGCUAACAUGACGAAAACCCUUCAGGAACAUUUGUUAAGAUCGUACUACUCCACAGAUGGUCUUGACUACAACUUUGCUAGAGUUCCUAUGGGCGGAACUGAUUUCUCAACACGCUUUUAUUCAUACAUUGACACUCUCGAACAUGUCGUAGACUGUGUUGAUCACAGCUUAAAGGACUUUAAGCUAGCGCCAGAGGAUAUCGAUCUUAAGAUCCCAUUCCUUAAAAGAGCACGUCAGCUAAGAAACGAUUUGAAGCUAUUCUCCAGCACAUGGGUUCUUCCUACAGCAUACAAGGAAAACAACAGCUACAUGGGAUUUUUGGGAUUCAUCAGAAAAGAAGUAUACCAACUGUUAGCUGAUUAUUACAUAAAAUUCUUCGAUUUAUACAAAGAACGUGGAUUAUCGUUCUGGGGUGUCUCAUCAACUAAUGAGCCUUUUAUCGCUAUGGCAGAAUUUAGUAUUCCUGGUACUCCAGGAAACCUUUGGACACCAGAAGAUUUGGGAUAUUGGAUCAGGGAUCACCUUGGACCAACAAUUAAACGGUCAGAUCAUAGCCAUCUUAAACUGAUUACUCUCGAUGAUCAAAGAAGUUUAUUGAGAGUUGUUCCACAGAUCGUAAGAGACGCUGAAACUUCACAAUAUGUAGACGGAUUUGCCACACACUUCUAUAUGGAUUUCAAAAACAAUACCUACUUAUUGGACAAUGUCAACGAGCAGUUCCCUGACAAAUUUAUUAUGGUUACUGAAGCUUGCGUAGGUGCUCUUGGAAUCUUUUUGGGUGACUGGUCCAACGCUGAAACAUAUGCUGAUGAUAUUAUUCAGAACAUGAACCACCAUGUAACAGGAUGGGUCGACUGGAAUAUGGUCCUAGAUUUACAAGGCGGUCCAAAUGUCGCUGCUGCCAGAGAUGCUCCAAUUUUAAAUAAUAAUGGCACCGAAUUCUUAAAGCAGCCUCUUUACUAUGCCAUUGGACACUUUUCCAAAUUUGUACCACCAGGUUCCUACAGGAUUUACUCAUCUCAAUGCAAUGAAAAUGAUUUAGUUACUCAAGUUGCCUUUGAACGUCCCGAUGGAGGAAUUGUAGUGGUCAUUUUAAACAGGAGUGAACAACAAAUCCAAAGAAAGAUUAUUGACUGUAAGAAGAACAAUAUUAAUUUAGAUUUAAGCCCACGAUCCAUUACAACGGUCCUAUAUUGGUAAAAUCGUAGGAGAGUGAAGUUUGAAAUAUUGCUUCUUGUAGUGACUAUUGAAGGCAAAUAUAAUAUUUUUUGGUUAAA